AUGGACUCUAAAGGCAAAGUUAAAAAUAGGUCAGUUAACUUUACCCCAAUGGAAGAAACCUUCCUAGCCUAUUUUGUAAAAAAACAUAAAGGCAUUUUGGAAAACAAAAAAACCGAUGCCGUCACGAAUGCAGAUAAAAAUAAGUGUUGGGUCAUGCUGGAAAAAGAAUUCAACGCUGAAAGUGGUGCCUCAUACAGAAGUGCCCAAAUUUUGAAAAAGAAAUAUGAGAAUAUGAAGAAACAAACAAAAAAGAAAAUAAGUGAAGAGAAAUGCUACAGAUUUGGAACUGGUGGUGGCCCUUUUCAAGAGUUUACUCUGACGGAAGACGACCAAACUGUAAUAGAAAUUUUGGGGGAAACAAGGGUGCAUGGUUUGGCCACCCAAUUUGGAGGCGAUGCAGAAGACAUAGAAGCCAUACUUAUUUACACUGAGGAAACCGAGGAAGCAACGCAAAAUGACACUGAUCGAAAUAAUGAAAUAGAAUAUGUUGAAGACAAUGGUCAACAUGAAGAAAUUAUCACUGAAGAAAAUUUACAGGAAACAGUUGUAGAUAUACAUGAGGCUCCAGUAGAAACCUGGUCAAAAUAUAAUCCUACUUUAUUGAAAACACCAAAGUCAAAAGCUCUCAAACCAUCAACAAAAACCGGCCAAAACGUGGACAACGUGAUUUCGAAAAAAAUAAGUCAGUGGGCAACCGUGAAGUCUUCUCUAGAAGAGGAAAAACGAAGAUAUUUGGAGGAAGAACAUGAGACCAAAAUUACACUCAUGAAAGCCCUUCAUGAUGAAGAAUUGAAUAUAAUGAAAAGGGAAUCCCAAAUAAGAAUACUUAGAAGUGAGGAGGAAAAGAAAAUCAUUAUUGAAGGCUUAAAAGAAGAGCAAAAACAGAAAAAAGAGAUAUUUGAGCUACAGAAGCUUAAACUGCUCAAAGAAAUGAGAAAGUGA